AUGGACAAUGGUAAAAGAAAAACUCUUGAUUCUUAUUUUUUUUUAUCUACUCAAAAAAAAAGUAAAUCUCCUCACGAACAAUCAAAUGAUGCUGAUAAUGAAAAUGCUAUUACACAAUCAUUCGAUUCACAUCCAUCUCGUGUUACUUUUGAUAUUAAUGAGCCUGUUGAAACACCAUCAAUAAUGUUGUCCCAAAACAUCAAUAGUGAAAAUCAGAAGAAUGUACAACAUGCAGAAAAAAACAAUAAUAAAACAAUUGGUGAUGUUGUUGAUGUUAGUAUUUCAUGUCAAGAUCCACCUGCUCAACCUAAACUCAGCUCAUAUCCAAAAAACCAUGAAAACAGAUCAUUUGUGGCAAAGUGGUACGAUGGAAGACCAUGGUUAGAAUACUCCAUUGAGAAAGAUGGUAGUUACUGUUAUUAUUGCCGGCAUUUUGGUGUACCAACAUCAUCAUCAAAUAAAAAAACUCAAACUGAUGGGUUCAUCAAUAAUGGAUUCAAAAACUGGAAAAAAGCUCUUGAUAAAUCGAAAGGGUUUGAUCAACAUCUAAAACGUUAUGGUCAUAUUUUAGCAGCAAGUAACUAUGCUGCUUAUCAACAACGAGAGCAAUCACAAUCCAAUGUUAUACAUAUGUUAGAAAAUGGUCGCGUUGAACAAAUACGUCGGAAUCGGCAACGGCUGAUGAAAAUUGCAUCUGCCUUGUUACUAUGCGCGAAGCAAGGAAUUGGAAUCAGGGGACAUGAUGAAAGGGAAAUUUCGCAAAAUAGAAGCAAUUUUCUGGAAAUACUUCAAUGGGCUUCUUCAACCGAUCCAAUCGUCAAAUCAAUCUUUGAAGACAACACAGGCAACUCGACGUACCUUUCACCAAGGGUUCAAAAUGAACUAAUUAAAAUUAUGGCCGAACACACAAAACGACAAAUUACAGAAAGCAUUAAAGGGAAUGUGUUCUCGUUAUUGGCCGAUGAGAGUCGUGAUACUAGUGGUCACGAACAACUCUCAAUUGUCGUACGAGUAGUGGUACCAAUAUCUACAAAUGGUAAUAAAAAUGUUAUUCAAGAAUACUUCCUUGGAUUGGUUCGAUUACAUGAAUUCGAUGCUCCAACAUUAUCGGAUGAGAUUGCUAAUUAUUUAAUUAAGUGUGGUAUUGAAUUAAAAUCAUGCAUUUCACAGUGUUACGAUGGGGCAUCGGUUAUGUCUGGUAAAUGCGCUGGUAUACAAUCGAUUCUUCGUAAAAAUCAUAUGCCAAAUGGUAUUUACAUACAUUGUCAUGCGCAUAAAUUGAAUCCUGUCAUUGUCGAUGUUAGUAAGAUCGUAAAAUAUAUUAACGAAUUUUAUCAAAUUGUUUCAAAAAUUCAUUCUUAUUUCACCUCAUCAUCAGUAACCAAUGAGUAUUAUCAGAUAGCGCAACAAAAGUUAGCACUAACUACUACUUUAAAACUAAAGACAUGGUUUGAUAUUAGAUGGGACUCGCGGUGGAGUUCAAUUAAUGCUAUCAUGCUCAAUUAUGAAUCAAUUAUUCUGCACUUAAUAAUCUUAUUGAAGAAGGAGAUCAUCGUUCCAUUGAUGCAAGAGAAGUAUGGUAUCGAUAUGAAUCGGAAAUCAAAACAUCGUCGAGCAAAUAUAAUACCAACUCGUUUUAAAGAUGCAUUUAUAACAAGUACUAUAGGACAUCGACAAGAAAUUACAAGUGAAUAUGGCUAUCGUGAUAAUAUAUAUUAUUCAUUGAUCGAUGCAAUCUUAAUCGAAAUGCGUGAUCGCUUUUCACCUUCAAAUAUUGCUUUAUUAUCAAGUUUGUCAUCGAUAUCUCCACAAAAUAAAAACUUUUUAAAUUAUGAUUUAUUAUUGCCUUUGUCUAGUCAUAUCAAUUGUGAUCGAAAUUAUUUGUUUAAUGAAAUACAAGUUCUGAAGCCAAUGUUAGACAAUAAAAACUUAUCUAGUAUUAGUGAAUUAUACCAUGAUUUAAUGCCAUUACAACAAGCAUUUCCUAAUAUGAUGUUAAUGAUUAAAGCUGCGCUAACUAUUCCGGUAUCAUCUUCAACAUGUGAGCGUGUAUUUUCAAAAAUGAAAUUAAUUAAAACACGUAUAAGGACGACAAUGGCGGACGAAUGA